AUGGAGGGUAGAGGGAAGCGGGUACAGGAUGAGGGUAGUGGAUGGAGGGUAGAGGAAAGGGUGUUCAGGAUACAGGGUAGAAGAUGGAGGGUAGAGAGAAGGAGAAUAGAGGGUAGAGGAUACAGGAUACCGGAUACAGGGCAGAGGAUGGAGAGUAGAGCGAAGGGCAUACAUGAUACAGGAUAUAGGGCAGAGGAUGGAGGAUGGAGAGUAGGGGGUGCAGAGUACAGGAUACAGGGCAGAGGAUGGAAGGUAGGGGGAAGGGGUUACCGGAUACAGGGUAGAGGAUGGAGGGCCGAGGGAAAUGAGUACAGGGUACCGGAUACAAGUGUUAUAUUGGAGUGUGUCUCUACACAUUCCAUUCCAAAGGAUAACAAACUUCUCUUAUUUUUGAUGGAUGGAUUCCGAUGGGAUUAUUUUGACCGACAGGAAAUCGAUCUUCCCGGUUUCCGACGCAUGAUGAGGGAAGGAGCCAGGGCGGAAUAUUUGAUUCCAGAUUUUCCAUCAUUGUCCUAUCCAAACUACUACUCCAUAAUGACAGGAUUACACUGUGAGGAUCACGGAAUGGUCGGAAAUUACAUGUUUGACACGAAACACAACGAAUCAUUCCUUAUAGGUGUUAACAAAGCACAGUACAACUCUUACUGGUGGGACGACGGGGAGCCGUUAUGGGUUACAGCUGAAAAACAGGGGAAACGAUCCUAUUUCUACUCCUGGCCAGGAUGUGAGGUGACCAUCAGGGGCGUUGAUCCUACCUACUGUAAAAAGUACCCAACGUUUACCUACCCGAAACUGGAAGACAUGCAGGAAGCCAUAAAAGAGGGCCUCCAGUUGUUCUCUAACGAUUCAGCGGACGUCGUCGGUAUCUACGUGGAGCUGCCCGAUAAAUAUGGUCACAAGUAUGGACCUUCCUCCACACAGCUCAACCAGAAAUUGAUGGAAAUUGACAAUGAAAUGGGCAAGCUAUUAGACGAGCUCGAGUCACAUGACCUCCGUGAUAAAGUCAAUAUCAUGAUUUUUUCUGAUCACGGAAUGACGGAAGUGAACGAGACCAGAGUUAUCAACAUUACUGAUUACGUAGAAGUAGAGGACAUCCGAGUAGUAUUAGACGCAGGGGCGAAUGUCUACAUAUGGCCUAAUGAAGGCAAACUAAAUAAGGUUUAUGCUGAUUUGGUCGCUAUGGACAACCCACACUUGACCGUUCUAAAGAAGGCGGACAUCCCGGAUCGAUGGUUUUAUCGUAAUCAUUACAGAACAUCUCCCAUCCUACUGGUAGCCAAGAAUGGCUGGUAUAUUACCACACCGUUGUUGCCAAGAUUUCACACCUAUUACGGUUCAGGGCCUAUGCAGGGGACACACGGGUUUGAUAAUAAUGAGAUCGAUAUGAGAGGUAUUUUCCUCGCUAGUGGACCAGAUAUAAGCCGAAACGUGGUGGUUAAAGGAUUCGCAAACAUUCACAUCUACCAAAUGAUGUGUGACGUUCUGGGGAUCGAACCAAACGAAAACGAUGGUCAGUGGAAAGAUGUGGCCGGAGUUCUGACCCACACAUACGACGAUGUUUCAUCGGCCAUCUUAAAUGUAACAAACCUCGCUCUCCUUAUCCUUACAACACUGAUAAGUCUAGUCCGGGAAUCUCUUUGA